CCUUUGUGGUUGCGCCGGAUCAUCCGGGGCUCGGGGGGGCCUCGGAUGUUUUCGCCCACGGGUCGCGGCGUCCACUUCGCGGUAGAUGGAAACAGCGCACUUAGGUGCGGCUGGCUAACGGCGACCCAUUACCCCCCGAACACUAACCAUCGUCCGGGAUAGGCCGAUCCCGGACCGUACUAACCUGUAGGCAUGACCCAUAUGCAACCGACGAACUAGCCCGCCGUCGGCCAGAGGGUGUAGGGCCACCAGGGGCAGCCCCCCUAUAACAAUACUAAUAAUGAAAUACACCAGGAAAACAAAUAAACCGUCUUGGGUGCCUCCUACCGGGAGGGUCGGACCCCAGGAACCGGCUGUCGGGAGUAGUGCUCGUCCCGAUGGUCGUUAUCAUCAUGCACUCGGCCAUGCGCAAACGAUAACGGAAACUUGCUAUGCGGUUAUAACGGAUAAGGAUGAACCCCUACGCUUGAGAGGCGGCGGCGAUGAGCCCGAGCCCGAGGAUGUAGAAAUGGAACCUUCAAACACUAAAUCUGGAGGCAGUGGUGUCAUGGUUAAAGAUAACAAAGCUAAAGCGAAUACGGCGACCAAGAAAAGCCCACCCUCAUCUGGUGGUCCACUGGCUAAGAAAACAGCAGAAGUAGAGGUCGGUAGCAGGCUCAAUGCCAUCUUUGGAUGGCUCGAGCAUACUAUCUCGCUCGAAAGGACCAAAAAACUGUCAGCUCAGUCAUCAGAUGGCAUGAUAGAAAAAAUAGCUGAGUUAAGGAACCUCAUGCACACGAUUCUAGGCGAAAAUAACCGUCUUAAGGGCCGUCUCAUGGAAAAGGAAGAUAGCGCCAAAAACUCCCUGACAACGUUUGUAUACAAAAUAAGCGAAAAGGCUGACGAGAUCGGACAACUUAAGAGUGAAAUCCAGGAGCUCAAAAAGUCCAUGGUUAAGCAGGCAGUGCCACCACAUGUUGCCACUAACACGACAACAUAUGCGCAAGUGACAGGCGAUAAGCCGCAGACUAUUAAGGUCAGUGUGCCUAAGACCAAAACUAAAACACAUGACAAAUGUCGAAAGACCAAGGCAAACACUAGGUUCGUUGUUGAUGUACCAGAUGACAGGACCGUGACCGACGUUAAAAUGGAUCUUUGGAAGACCGUUAGAGAUAGGCUGCCCAACCCUAGGGCAAAAACCAUAGUGGCAGGCAAUACACUGGUAAUUAUCCCUGAUGAUACCAACACGUUGGAGGUGCUACAAAACGUCCCGAAUAUGAGGUCU